CGCAACGUGGAUCUAAUCUGAUGUGGAUCUGUGACUCUUUUCCGGCAAAAACAGUUUCUGACCUGCUUUUCCUCUCCUCCGUGCGAACCAUCCCUGGAUGUUCGUUGCUUGUUUACUAUGUUCUUCUGAGGUGGACUGGACUUUGCUUGUUAUUGGGACAUCUUUUGCUCGACGGCCGCUGUUGGAAGCUUCUAACGACGAAUGCGAAGCAACAUGAGCGUUUGGUAGCCGAUUGCGUCGCCCACGAGACUGUGAACCUCAUGGUGCUCUGCAUAUAAACACGGCCUGUUGCAAGCAAUGUAUCAUCAGGACCAGCCUCAGCCUCAGCAACCUCAAGCCACCAGCAUCCUCACCAGCAAACGAAUCAUGUACGCCUCGACCAUCCUCUCCGCUGCUCUGCUUUUCUGCGGCCUUGCCACCGCUUCCCCCGUCCUGCGGUCCCCCGUCCUGCGCCAGAACGGCCCCAACGCUCUCGGGUACUUGACCAACGACUACCUUGGUGGUGCGUGGACUAAGCUGCAGGAGGGCAACUCUUCUGCCGGUGUCCCGAUCGGAGUUUCCCCGCUCGUUAAUGGGGAAUAUUCCCGCACCCAGUUGAUGGCUAUCUACGAAAACCCCUUGUCGAACGGCGAGGUGCUCUACCUGUUUGCCGAGGCCGACACCGGCAACUGGAUCUCCAUGACCCAGUUCACUAGCUCGGACCACUAUUCCCCGGGCUACUGGAUGCUUCAGACCGCGCCUUCUCAGGCCGACGCUGCGUACUUCACUCUCACUGUGGGGAAUGAGGACGGAUCCUGGUACAUGUCGCCCAACUAUCCCACCAACGGCCAGCUGGAUUGGUACCACUAUGACGACCCUACGGCCAAUUUCAUCCCCGUCAUCAUCAACGCUAUCUAUCCGGGCUCUUCCCAGUCCUGGACCUGGCACACCGUCGAUGAACUCUAA